AUGGCCGACGAGGAUUUUGAGACUGGUGAUCUCUUCCAGGAUCCCGAGGGGUACUACCCUGAGGAGGAGAAGCCCACAUUCGCCGAGCACCAAAUGUUAUCAGGACAAACAGUGCGCGUGCGUCUUGUGGGCAGUCACCCGCUCUAUGGUAAUCUGCUUUGGAACGCCGGACGAACCAGCGCACACUAUAUCGAAGAGCGAGCCGAUACUCUCACUCGCGACAAGGAUGUUCUGGAGAUCGGCGCUGCAGCGGGCGUCCCGAGUAUUGUCAGUGCAAUUAUGGGAGCUCGUACUACCGUGAUGACCGAUUAUCCGGACUUGGAUCUCGUGCAGAACAUGCAAUAUAAUGCCGAUCUGGCACUCGACAAGAUCCCGUCCCAAUCCAAGCUGCACGUGGAGGGCUACAAAUGGGGCAGCACGGUGGAACCUCUGCUGGCACAUAUCCCCUCCACUGGUGACGAGAAGCCUGUCAGCUUUGAUGUGCUGAUCAUGGCGGAUGUGGUCUACGCCUGGCGCGAGCAUGGAAAUCUGAUCAAGACUAUGCAGAUGGCACUCAAGAAGGACCCUAGUGCUGUGGCUUUGGUCAUCUUCACACCCUAUCAGCCGUGGUUGUUACCGCAGACUGAGAAGUUCUUCCCUCUGGCAGAGUCAAGUGGAUUUACCGUAACCAAGAUCUUUGAGAAGCUUAUGGGUGAUGUUUUGUUUGAAGACGAUCCUGGUGACGAGAGACUUCGAAGGACCGUUUUUGGAUAUGAACUCCGCUGGGCUCCGGAUCAGUUGGAGAGCAAUGCUUAA